AUGGUAGCUAGUGAUCGUAUGGGGAUUGUUUCACACCAGGAUGGCAUUGUUCCGUGUCUUGAGUCCUUCCUUCGAGUCGAUGAGCUGAAGGGACUUACCAAGGUUGCGCUAAACGUCUAUUCUAGUUUGUUCGAAUGCCCCUUGGUAGAGGAAUCUCGGAUUUGCUACACUAACUGGGCGUCUAAAGCUAUCGCCUCAAUGUCAUGCACCGACUACAUUUCUGAGGCCUUAAAGUUUCUCAAUGAAGAAACGGAUAGGGCAACCAUGUAUUACAUACACUCACGAGACCACUUGAUUGGUCUCUUUCACGAAAUCGUAGUUCACCAACAUCUCGGGUUUCUCAAUUCCAACGUUACGGAGUUCAUACAGACUGAAAAUAAGGAAGUGCUGCGCAAAUCCUACUUGCUCCUUGCACCAACCAACCAAUGUGCUGAGCUGAUUAGAUGCUUCGGUUUGCACGUGAAGGAUAAAGUUAAUAGUGUUCUUGCCGGCAUACCGUCUGAUCGUGCGCUGGCUCCGGCAUACUUCGUUGACAACUUACUUCUAGCAAGGGAUCACUUUACUGAACUCAUUGACAAUGUUUUUGACGGAACCUCUACGUACCGCAACGAGAUGGACAGGGCGUUUGAGCAGGCCAUAAACUCAGCUGCUCCACCUAGGACACAAGCUUCGACAACCUCCUCAGUCUCUGUUUUUUCCUCUCGGAAUUCGGUUCGCGUGGCUCAAUACAUCUGUCGAUACAUGGAUGAUCUAUUGAGACGAACGGACAAACGCUAUUCAGACGCUGACCUCGAAGACAAAAUUUCUGCCUCCAUUGUACUCUUCAAAUACAUCGAGGAGAAAGAUGUAUUCAAACAGGUAAAACUUGAAUGA